AUGUCAAUUGACAGCCCAUUGGGUCAUUCAACCGGUUACCCUGAGACACUGGUAAAACCAAAUAGAAAGGAACUGAGUCUAGAGGGUGGAGAAUCACAUUUAAUAAUAUUUAAGAUGCUCCAAGAAAUCAUGAAAGGAUAUGAAGAAAUCAACAAGAAUAUAGAAGAGAUAUCUAAAGGAAAUGAUGAAAUCAAGAAAGGAAACGAAGAAAUCAAGAAAGGAAAUGAAGAAAUCAAGAAAGAGAACGAAGAAAUCAAGAAAAGUAUAGCAGAGAUGUCCCAAGAAAGCUUAAGGAAAGGACUGCAGGAAUUCCAUGAACGGAUGAGAAUAACUCUUAAGGAUAGGGUUGGCAAGCUGCAGGUGAAGGUAGAUCAACUCCUAGAAGAGAUGAAUGUUAUGAAAGCAGAGAUAAUUGGAAAAGCUGAGGGAGAUGUUGAGGGUGUCAAAACUGAAUUGGAAGAGGGAAUGCAGAAAACUGAAACACAACAACACCAUCAGAUUAAAGACAUGGUACAAAUACAACAGUGCCAAGUCAAUAUCGGUAAAUUGGGAAAUAGGCAAGUGAAAUUGGAGGAGGCUGUGGAACAUAUAGUCACAAAUGAGGUGAAGGGAGUCCAACAGUUAGAAACUAAAACCGAAGGGAUUGAUAGGAAGAUAAAUUGUGCCACCUUGACAGUAGGGGAGGGCAAGUCGUUAUAUUAG